CAGAAACGAGCUGCUGGAUGUAGAAGGAAAGUAGGUCGCGUGCACGGAAAAUGCCUCUAAGGGACAAGUGUUGUCAGACUGACCACCGUCACCAUGGAUGCUGUGAACCAGUGCAUCUGUUGGAACCUGGUGAUCCUCCGUUAUUACAGCAGCCUCUGCAAACAUCAAAAUCCGGUAUUCAACAAAUCAUUGAGUGUUUUCGAUCAGGAACUAAACAACUUAAACAUAUCUUGUUAAAAGAUGUGGACACCAUUUUUGAGUGUAAGUUGUGCCGGAGUCUCUUCAGAGGAUUACCAAAUUUAAUUACUCAUAAAAAAUUUUAUUGUCCUCCAAGUCUCCAGAUGGAUGAUAACCUCCCGGAUAUAAAUGAUAAACAGAGUCAAGCCAUAAAUGACCUCCUGGAAGCAAUCUAUCCAAGGGUAGAUAAGCAAGAAUAUGUAAUUAAAUUGGAACCUAUAGAAACUAAUCAGAAUGCUGUAUUUCAAUAUGUAUCAAGGACUGAUAGCCCAGAUGAGAACGUAGAAAGUAGUAGUACCCCUGAUCAAGCUCCAGUACAGAUACAGGAACCCAGCAUUGAGCAACCCAAGACUGUUUCAGCUCCAGCCCCAGUCCCAGCUGGGGAGACUGUAGAAUUACCUCCUGCUGAUCCUGUUACAAACAAGGUGAUACCUACUCCUGAAGAGCAGCCUCCAGCAGUAAAUCCUGAGUUGGACUCUCUGGAUAAUUCUGAUUUUGGCCACCAGUUAAUAUGUUGCCUUUGUAGGAAAGAAUUUCAUUCCCGACGCAGUGUACGCCGGCACAUUCGAAAAGUGCACAAAAAAAAGAUGGAAGAGCUAAAGAAGUACAUAGAAACAAAAAAGAAACCAAAUCAGUGCUCUGGGAAAGGACGAAAUAAGAAUGUUCUUGUAACAUUAGGUAGAAGUUGUCCUGUAUGUUAUAAAUCAUUUGCUACAAAAGCCAAUGUAAGGAGGCAUUUUGAUGAAGUUCAUAGAGGAUUAAGAAGGGAUUCCAUUACUCCUGAUAUAGCUACAAAGCCUGGGCAACCUUUGUUCUUGGAUACAGUUUCUGCUAAAAAAUCUUUUAAGACCCGAAAACAAAAGUCGUCUUCAAAGGCUGAAUACAAUUUAACUGCAUGCAAGUGCCUUCUGUGCAAGAGAAAAUAUAGUUCACAAAUAAUGCUGAAAAGGCACAUGCAAAUUGUUCACAAGAUAACUCUUUCUGGAAAGAACUCUAAAAGAGAGAAAGGACCCAACAAUACUGCCAAUGGCACAGAAAUAAAAGUAAAAGUUGAACCAGCAGAUUCUGUAGAACCUUCACCCCCUUCCAUUGCCCUUUCUCCACAGAAUGAAUUAAAGGGAACAAAUCAUUCAAAUGAGAAAAAGAGCACACCGUCAGCACAGAAAAAUAAAGUUAAACAGGACCCUGAAAACCCUAAAUCAACUUCUAAAUCAACCACUAAAUCAACCUGUAAAUCAACCACUAAAUCAACCUCUAAAUCAACCAAUGCAUCUGCUGCAGGUGGCCAGCAAAAAACCAGGAAGCCAAAACUUUCAGCUGGCUUUGACUUCAAGCAGCUUUACUGUAAACUCUGUAAACGCCAAUUUACUUCUAAACAGAACUUGACAAAACACAUUGAAUUACACACAGAUGGAAAUAACAUUUAUGUUAAAUACUACAGGUGUCCACUCUGCUCUUACGAAACACGACGCAAACGUGAUGUGAUAAGGCAUAUAACUGUAGUUCAUAAAAAGUCACCACGCUACCUUGGGAAAAUAACUGCAAGUUUAGAAAUUAGAGCAAUAAAAAAGCCAAUUGAUCUUGUUCUAAAUAAGGUGACGAAAAGGGGCCCUCAGAGGGAUGAAACAAAACAGAUUGGUUCAAAACAGGAUGUCACCUCUAAUUCUCCCAAUAAAAAGUAUGAAGGAGCUGACGUUGGCAUUGAAGUAAAAGUAACAAAAAACUUUUCUCUGCACCGAUGCAGUAAGUGUGGGAAAGCAUUUGCCAGGAAAGCUUUUCUAGAACAUCAUAAGAAAACCCACAAAGCAAAUGUAUCUCAUUCACCUGAAGAAAAUAAAACCAAAGGCAGAAGCACAAGAUCUAAAGCUGUUGUCUGAUAGGUUCAAGUGAUGUUCGGAAAGUUUGGAGUUCAUUUGAAUGAAAAAGACUUUAGUUUGUUGGCGGAACCGCUAAUAUCUUGAUAAUGGUACUAUAAGGAGGAAAUAUUUUCAUAAGCUGUUGUUUUCUUACUAAAUUAAUAACCAUCCUGACUGCUUGUAGGACAGUGCCUCCUCCCAAAACACCGAAGUAGUUGAAAUGCACAUGUGCUUCUAAAUUAGCAGUUAUCUCUAUGCAGUUGAGGUUUGACAAAGUAUAGAACGAACUUUCUGAAAUUAAAAAAGUACAGAGGCAAGUUAAUGAACAGCAGCUUUGGAAGAAGAUUUUGUUCCUCGUUUAGGAAAUCAUCUUCAGAGAGCUCAUCGUGCAUACUGGUCCUCCCUGGUAGUGCUAAUUGAUGAACAGCUCUAACUUUUUUGUGAUAUCCUACUUUGGCAAAUGUUGUGUUAUAUACUGUUUUAAAUUUAUUACAAAUGAAUGUAUAAGAGCAAACAAUGUAGUGUAUAUUGGCUGAAUUGUACUAAUUUUUAGUAUUUGCCAUAACAUCAGUUUGUUCAUAUUGACUAAUUUCCCAGUUCUGGGACAUCCUGAAUUUCACUGUACUGAAGUUGCUUAAAAGAUCUCCAUUUUGUUUCCAUAUGUGGUUCAUAGGAAAACUUUGUAAACAUCUAGGAAGUUUACAAGAAUACCCACAUUCCUCUAUUCUUUAAUUUUAAAAAAAAAAUUAUACACAAGCACUUUAAUGAUAGUUGCAGUUUAUUUUUUCAGUUUAUUUUUUGAAAGAUCAACACACUAAUGUUAAUAUGAAGGUAGUGAAUAUUUGCUGAUGUAUUAUAGACAGACAAUCUGUGCACAACCACUUACAAUGUUAGCUUAUUUCAUUAAAUAUUAAUAAAAAGGGAGGAUAGUAUGGGAGAGACUUAAAAUACUUUUUCUCUCAAGAUCAUGAAUGACCACUAUAGGUAGCACUUGACUUUGUAUAAUUUGGAAAAUGUUUUAGAUGCCUUUUUUUAACCUUUUAAUCAAGAUUGUAGUAAAACAGUCGCAUGCCUACCAUUAUGAAAUUCUUGGCAGGUUUCAUGCAUCAGUGGUUUGGUUUGGGUUUUUUUUUUACUUUUUAGAAAAUAUUUUGUUUAGUGAUUUGUGUCAAAUUGCUACAAUUUGAAAGGUAUUGUACAUCAGAAGAAGUACCAUGUUUUUUAUAUAGGUUCACUCCCUUACUUAGGGAGGUGCCUCGUGUUCAUAUAUACUUUUUGUAUAAAAUAUAUCUAAAAAUGUUGAUCACAAGAUCAGGAGUAAAAAUACUUUUAUGGAUAGAGAAAUAUUUGGCCCUGUUAGUGCAUUGCACUAAAAAUACUGUGAAUGGGAACUGGACUGUAGCUGUUGCUCAAAAUGUUCUAUAUUGAAUGUACAUGCUUUUGUUUGGAUAAAUGUACUGUAUUUGAUGGAAAAUAAAGCAGACUGGAAAUCA